AUGGUUGGCAAAGAAUACAGUGGACCUGGAUCAGUUGCAUAUAUGGGUGGAAUAUUUGACCCAGACAAAUGUGAAGUGUUGCACCUUGGUAGGUCAAACUUAAAGAGACAGUUCACUGUUAAGGGAAAGACCUUUAACUGUAUCGAGGAGCAGAGGGAUCUUGGGGUCCAAGUUCAUAGCUCCCAGAAAGUGACUACACAGAUUGACCAGGUGCUUAAGAAGGGAGCAAUAUCCAUCAUCAAUAAAAUGGCUGUUCUCAAGAUAGCUGCUCAGUUUUUUGAAGAUCUCUUUGAGGCAUUUGCUUCAGAAAGGAAAUCUGGUUUGAAGAACAUUCUGUACCUGAUCUCACUUUGUCUUGUGUUAGGCAUGGGAGCUGGUGGAAUUGUUUAUAUUUGCCUGAAAACACUAGAGUGCAAUUUCUCAGUGGCUCUAGCAGUAUUUGGAACCCUUUCUGUGGUUAUUCCUGGAGCUAUGUUUUUUUCCAAGUAUCUCAGAUGCUUCAUCCUGAUAUUCCUUAUUUCAUGUGGAACCAAGAAAGGCCGCAAUGCCCUGAUAACACUUGGUACCAGUACAGUGCUCUUUAAUUGCGCCCAAAAUAGCUUUCACAAUUUAAAGGAAUUAGUAGGGAACUUAAAUUGUUUCUUGAUUGGAAUGCUCCCCUCUAUCAAAUAUCUUUUGUCAAGGUACAAAGAAGUCAUGGAAUGGAUCAGCAAACAUAAAGUAUCAAAAAACAUUUUUGUACAUAUUGCAGAUGAUCUUAAGAUUUAUCAUACAGUUAAUGAAGAUGCUAUAAGAAUAAAACUCAAUGAAACUAGUAUAAACAUAGAGAACCAGGCUAAGAACAUCAUUUCAAUGUUAAGCUUAUUUUCCAGUGUUUGUAAACUUUCAAUAGCUCUCAUUUGUCUUUGGCUUGCUGUAUUAUUCACUUGGUUCUACAUCAGAAGAUUUUUAACUGAUAUCAAGUUUGAAAAUAAUUUUAUUACAAAUCAAUUCCUGAAAUUUGAUGAAAAGCAGAAAGAAGCAGGAAAACCCCAUUUGCUCCAACUAACUAAAAAAGAGAAUAAAAACUUCAUUAGAAUCCCGGCACUAUGUUUAUCCAAAAUGGAACUAAGAAUCAUGGCAAGAUUCUUGGCUCCUGUCUUGAGUCACCUGUGUAUUUGGAUAAUUCUCAUAAUGCUAGAUUAUGGAGUAUAUUUGCUUACAGAUUCAAUACGACAUCACAUAGACCAUCUGCCUACAAUAAACAUUACAAUGAAAGCAAAAUUUUCUAAAUAUACCACAACCCUUUAUAUUUUCAAAACCACUGAGGAAGAUGAAGAGACCUUUUCAUCUGACAUUCACUUAUCUAAAGAUGCCUGCAUCCUUAAACCAACGGAUUCCAUGAGCAAGUUAUGGAUUCUACUUGUUGUACUAUUAGCCAUCUUAUUAUUACUCACUUUACUUUCGGCAAAGCUUACAAUAUUGAAAAUUUUCAUUUUGUCAUCAUUUUAUAAAGAGACUGAGGAGAAACGUGUGCGAUUUUUGCAUGAAAAAAUUUUACAGAAAAGACGCUUGGUCAAAUUAUUCAAUAUAGAGGAAGUACAGUAUCCUGCAGCUAACAUGAUUUUCUUCUGGUUUCCAAUCUUUAAAAUGAAACAACAACAAAAUGAACUACAGAAGCAGAACAAUGCGAUCAUACGGAACUUUGAUGAAGUCCACACUGAGCUCUGA